AUGCAACCAUGGCUAGUGAUAGGUGAUCUUAAUUUACAUAUACAUGAUUUGCAUAAUAGCUCGGACUAUUCUGUUGAGGAUAAUUAUGUUCAAGAUCAGAUGAACAAUUGUGGUCUCAUGGAUCUUGGUUAUACUGGUAGGAACUUUACCUGGUCUAGUAACAAAUACGAAAUUGGAGUUAGGAAAUCUAGAAUAGAUAUGGCCAUAGGAAAUAGUUAUUGGUGUAUGAAUUUCCCUAAAGCUAAAUUGUCUCAUCUAGUUCAAGCUAGUUCUGAUCACUGUCCAAUUCUUUUAAUUCCUACUGAGAUUGGUAAUUCUAAAACUUGGAGACCUUUUAAAUUCUUUGUUAUGUGGAUGAAACACUUUGCAUUUAGGAAUCAAUUACAAGUUGCUUGGAAUGAUGAUAUUCAUGGUUCUCCUGCUUUUAAACUUAUUACUAAAUAG